UACGUACUUCCUCCGACUUACAGUAUCCAUUCCGUUGCCAAUCGUCAUCCUGCCAUGAAGGUCGUGUUGGAAAAGCUAGCUCAGCGCCAAGACUUGACGGCAGAAGAGAUGGACAUCGUCAUCGAUACCAUUGCAUUGGGAGCUAUGGAUCCCAUCCAGAUUGGUGUCUUUCUGUCGCUCUUGCGUUCCAAGGGCGAAACUCCGCUGGAAGUUCAAACGCUGGUCACUGUCAUGCUCCGCCACGCCCGCCUUGUAACAUUGCAGGAAGGCGUGAAGACCCUGGACAUCGUCGGGACGGGCGGGGACGGCGCGAAUACUGUGAACCUGUCGACCUCGGCUGCAAUCUUGGCUGCCGCAUGUGGCGCCAAAGUGGCCAAGCACGGAAAUCGCUCCGUGUCCAGCCGAUCUGGGUCCGCCGACGUGCUUGAAGUCAUGGGAGUCCCCAUGUUGGAACCCCAACACAUUGCCGCCUGCAUCGACCAAGCCAACAUUGCAUUCAUGUACGCGCCACACUUCCAUCCUGCCAUGAAGCACGUCGGUCCUGUGCGAAAAUCCAUGGGCAUUCGAAGCGUGUUCAAUAUCUUGGGGCCACUGAUCAACCCCGCCAAGUGCCAAACUUCCGUUAUUGGCGUGUACACCCCUGCGCUAUUGGACCUGUUUGGACAAGUGUUGUACAUGAUGGGCGUCGAGCACGCUCUGGUCGUGCACUGUGCCGGCCUCGACGAGCUGAACCCCAUUGGCGAUGCUGAGAUUGUCGAAGUGACCCAGAACGGAUACCGCCGGUAUACUUUGACCCCCGAAGAGCUGGGCAUUCCUCGAUGCACGUUGCAAGACUUGGAAGGGGGAGACGCUGAUGACAACUGUCGUAUCUUGCGCCAAGUGUUUCAAGGUGGAGAACACUGCGACAAUGCGAUUGGCAACACCAUCGCAUACAACGCUGGCGCAGGACUGUAUGUGUAUGGAUUGGCGGACAGCAUCAAGCACGGCUACGAGCUAGCCAAGGCCGCCUUGAAGGCCGGACAUGCGUUGAACACGUUGGAACGCUGGAGCCAAGUGUCGACUCGGUUGCAUACGUCUGCUGCCACACAAUAAUAACCCUCAAAUAAGCAUGUCUGUCAUCAAUGCACUUAGUGCAUGUGCCAUGUAUCUUGCCAUUUGCGUCAGUCAUCCUCGGCAUCUUGAACAGGAAGAAUAUGAC